GAAAAGAAGAGGAUAUCAACAUUGUGCAGAUUCCACAGGAUGUGCUGAGUAGUUGUUAAGAGGAUGAAAAAAUGCCCACCUUACAGAACACAGACACGAGAUGAAAAAUUACCAGAUACAAGAAAUCAGUGUGACAGGUUUCAUUGAGGACACUUGAAGGCAUUGAAACAUAGAAAUCACUCAGCACCCAGUGUAAAGAGAAAUCUCCCUGACUGAGGAAAUCAACACAGGAUUCUGUUAUAAAACCACAGGAUAAAGAUGAAAUAAAUGUCUGCUGUCAAUGAUGUAUAGAUUAGUGUUACAGAAAUCUGUCACAGUGACAGGUGUUAGUGAUUGUAGUCACAUUACCCGUGUAACAUCAGACCGGGUCUGGAUCAGUGAUCUAUUCAAUCUCAUCUUGACAAACACAGCAGGUGAUAAACUACAUCAUCUGACAGAUAUAGAUAGUGGUUAUGGAGUACACACAGUGACUAGAGACGGUGAUUUAAUUUAUAUAGACAGUCACGGUAACAUCAACAAACUGUCUACAGAUCACAGAGUACAGACUACAUUAAUAAAGUACAACACAGCACCAUGGAGACCACAGUGUGUCUACAGCUCCCCCUCCACUGGAGACCUGCUGGUCGGGAUGUUUAAUACUGAUACAAAUACAGCCCAGGUAAACCGUUACAAUAACACAGGACUACACAUACAGACCAUACAGCACGACAACAACACAGGUCAGAGACUGUAUAGUCUACCUGUCUACAUCACAGAGAACCGCAAUGGAGAUGUUAUUGUGUCUGACUAUUACCGUGGUGCUGUAGUGGUGACAGAUCAGGGUGGGAGACAUCGCUUCUCCUACACAGGACCUCCAUCAGGAUCAGGACUAGAACCACGUGGAAUCUGUACUGACGCGCUGUCACACAUCCUGGUGUGUGAUCCUAACACCCACACAGUACAGAUGAUUGAUAAAGACGGACAAUUCCUGUCAUUGAUACAGACAUCAGAACACGGGAUAGACAGACCACACGGCCUGAGUUAUGAUGACAUCACUAACCUUCUCUGGGUGGGAUCACGGUACAACAACACAGUGUACAUAUACAGACUUAUCAAUGGAGGGGAUAAUCUGACUGCUCCAAACAGUGAUGAUAUAAACGAAGUUGAUGAGUUGAAGAAGUUUCUGAGGAAGGAGAAGACAACUGUUUCCCAUGCCAGAGGAAUACUUGUUGGAUGUGCUGAGGCUGGAAAAACAACACUGCUGAAGCGAUUAAGACGACAACGUCAAAAUAUCAGUGAAGCUACAAAGUCAUCCACGGGAAUAACAACACUGCUGAAGCGAUUAAGAGGGAAACGUCAAAAUGUCAGCGAAGUUACAGAGUCCACCAGGGGACUGGAAGUCCAUCAACAUCUCUUCAUUGUUAAAGAUGAAGUUUUAGAAGUGACUGAUGAUGACUCACCAUUGAAGACAUUUAUCAGGAUAAACGCUGCAGAUUUGAAACCAGACCCGAACAAUGCAGUUGACAGCUCCGAUACAAAUGGGAAAGAAGACAAUUUGGAACUAGGAAGUACUGAUAAAAUCACUGAAGUAGUUUAUAGCCGAGAAGAAAAGAAAGAAGAGAAUGUGGAAAUGUCUAGUUCACCAACUGAGGGCACAGAAGAAGAGACUACAGUAGAGGUAAUGGCCAGUCUUCUCUCCUCAGAAGCUCCAGCUUUGGUGAAAGAUGAAAUUUUUCAGAAAAUCUUGUCUGAUAAGGAGAAGUUACCAACGGUAAGCAUGCUGGAUUUUGCUGGCCAGUUAGCGUAUUAUGCUUGUCACCAAAUUUACGUAACACCAAAGGCCUUCUUCAUCCUUGUAUUGGACAUGACUAAGAGGUUUGAAGAUGUUGUCAGUAAAGAGAAAGAUAAUCAAGAAGGAUCAAUCUUCUCCGUGUGGACUAACAAAGACUACUUGAAGUUUUGGAUUACCUCAAUGAAGACAUUUGGAGGCAAAAAAGCACCACUGUUUCUUGUUGCCACACACACGGAGAAAAAAUCUACAUAUGAAAUAGAGAAGUAUUUUAGGGAGUUCUGGAAUGCUGUACCCGACGAAGAUAGAGAUUGGUUAAGUGAGUCUCUGAAUGACCGUGAAUAUGCUGUGGGUCUAAUGGAACAAGAUGACGAAACAACAAGAAAUCUGGAGUCAAUGAAAAAGUCCAUAGUCAAAUUAUUUACAGAUGAGAACAAUACCAAAAUUGAAUUGCCUUCUUCGUGGACUUUAAUGGAACAAUUAUUGUAUGAAGGAGCCUGGAAGGUUUUGUCCCUGGGUGAAAUUUGGAGGCUAAACUCAUCCCUUCCUAAUGAAUACCGAAUUAAAAGUGAUGAGGAAAUGUCUAAGUUUCUAAAGUGUCUCCAUGAUAAUGGAUUUCUCUUGUAUUUUAAAGAAGGGAAAUUGGGGGAACAUGUUAUACUAGACAUUCAGUGGUUUGCUAAUGCUUUCAGCAAGAUAAUUGCUGAUGAAAACCACAUCAAUAAAGAUUGUAAAAGGAAAUUAAUCAAAGAGUGGAAAUCCUUCAACAAAACGGGGGAACUUAAAGAUAAAGUGAUAGAUGCUUUGUGGAAAGAUGAACCCUCGUACUCGAAACACAAAAGUGAAAUUUUGUCAUACAUGGAGAAACUUCAAAUGCUGGUACCUUUGAAUGCAAUUGAGGCUGUAUCAGAAGGUGACAUGUCAUGGUAUGUCCCAUGUAUGAACAAAAAGCAGUUUAAAGCUGACUUUUUUGAAGAUAAAUGGGAAUGCUCAUCCAUUUUAUGCUUUCGGUUCACUUCCUUUGCCAUGUUUGUGUUCUACAGACUGGUAGCAUACUGCAUAAGUUUUCUAAAAUGGAGUGUUGCAAAAGAUGAAGAUAAUGAAGGAAGUCCAUGUCUUUAUCAAACAGCAGCAGUGUUUGAUCACAAUGCACACACUGUUGUUGUUGGCAUAUGCAAUGAUGAUAUUCAGUUGCAGGUGCUUAGAAUCAAACCACUGACUGUAGACAAAGAUGUAUCAAAUGAAAUUGGAGACUCCAUUGAUAAAGCAGUAGAAGAACUGACAGAAACAUUUAUUGACACAAAAAUAUUCCACAGAGGAUACAAAUGUCAAAACAUUAUUUGUAAAGAGAAGGAUCUAUCUUUCACCCUUGCAAGUGAGCUCUCUAAAAUCAAGGCUAAAGAAACACAGUGCAAGUGUCAAUUUCAGGAAAAACAUGUGAUAAAUGUACAGACCACUCUAGGAUUCUGGGAAAAGAAUCCUGUAAAAUAUACAGAAGCACACAGAAGUUUAUCACAGUCCUCUUUGGACAGCUUUGAUGCAGGAGAAUCAGCAUCAGGAAAGUUUCAAAAGCUGAUCGAUAACUCUCAGCGGAGUAAAGAACCGGAAACCUUAUUCUGCGAAGAGUGGCAUAAAAGUGUUGGUCAUUUGGUGUGUAGUGAUGGGACAGCAGGUACAGCAUUCAGGGUCGGAAGUCGUUAUCUGAUGACAGCAUACCAUGUGAUAAGAAAAACCUUAGAAAUGUACAUCUAUAAAAUCAUAGAAAAUGUCCAGUCUGACCCACUUCGCAGGAUGAAUUAUUUAAGGUUAUUGCAAAAACUGCAAGUAGAAGAAUCCGGAAGAGAUAUUGAAGAGAAAUUAAGAAAUGGGGUCCAUGAAUGGCUGAAAAAGACUAGUUAUCAAUUACUUAUCACCAGCCUACUCAGUGCUUUGGAGGAUACAGGAUUUUCAUGUGCCAAAGACAAAGCCGUGAAUUUCAUCGAGGACAACCCUAUUUAUGUGUAUUUUGGUCGCACGAGAGAACAAUUUGACUAUAAAAGGUAUCGUUUGAGAUAUGACAUUCCAUUCUUCAGCAAACAAGAAGCAGAUGACGUUGCUUUAUUAGAAGUAAAUUGGACAAAUUUACCAAAGCCAUUUAUUUUGGACAUAUCUCGCAAGCGACCAGAAAAUAUUACCAUUAUUGGUCACCCAGCCUCCCAUGGCAAUGAACAGAUAAUUGACAGACUAUGCCCCUUGAUUUCGGAAUGCGACGCCUUUCAAACUCACUGUAAAGCACUUUCAUGGUGGAAGAGGAAUUAUCCUAAAUCUGACCAUAAAAAAAUUAAAAAUGAUUAUGAUUCUAUGUUCAGGAGGGAAAAGGUACUGUUCCACUGCUCAGAAUCAACAACUCAUGGUGCUUCCGGUGGCCCUGGGAUCUUUGAUUUAGACAAAGGCUUGCCAAAAGUGUAUUUAAUGCUCCAAGAGGGAAUCCCAGGCUUUGUGCAUAAUGUGCAUGAUACAUCUAUGAAAGAAAUAUUGAGGAUUUGUCCUAAAGAAUGCCUUGUUGAGAGUGGGAUCAGCAUGUCCAGAGUCUAUGAACUUUUAAGCAGUAUACCACAAUUGAAAGAAUUGCGAGAUAACAUUUUUCACACCUGAAUAUAGUUGUGUUUGUGGAUUUAUUUAAUCUACGAAUAACUAUGGAUAUAUAAUGAUAAUAUGCAGUUGUCAGAAUCAGGAAGCUUAUAGAUUAACUUUAUAAUUCAUUUGUUAAAGUAUAAUAUAAAAUCAGACAAAAGGUGGCAAGAUGUAAUAUCUUUACAGUUCCUAUCGGAACAAAACUGCGUUCAGUGUUCCUAUUUGAAAAUUGUACAACUGCCAGCUGAAAUAAGUAUGUUUUAGACAUUUGUAAAAAGUUUCUGAACAUGGAACAAGUAAAAUAUUUGC